AAGACCGAUGUGGAAGGAACCUUAUUUGUUUACACAAGGUCUGCUUCUCCAAAGUAUGGGUUCACCAUUAUGAAUAGGCUGAGCAUGGACAAUAGGACAGAACCCAUUACUAAAGACCUGGAUUUCCAGCUCCAGGACCCUUUCCUUCUCUACAGAAAUGCCAGAUUGUCCAUUUAUGGAAUUUGGUUUUAUGAUAAGGAAGAAUGCCAAAGAAUUGCAGAACUUAUGAAAAACCUAACUCAGUAUGAACAAUUGAGAGCCCAUCAAGAAGCUGGAGCAGGAAUCUCCCCAAUGAUCCUCAGUUCAGGAGAGGGGAAGGAAGUAGAUAUCUUACGAAUGCUUACCAAGGCCAAAGAUGAAUAUACAAAGUGUAAAACCUGUUCCGAGCCAAAACAGAUAACCAGCUCAUCUGCCAUUUAUGACAACCCCCAUCUCAUCAAACCCAUUCCCGUGAAGCCCAGGGAAAACCAGCGGCAGCGCGCACCUCCGCCCGGCCAGACCUUAGACCCUGAACCCCAACACUUGUCCUUGACAGCACUCUUUGGGAAGCAGGACAGAGCUACAUGUCAGGAAACUGUGGGGCCUGCACAGACCCUCCGCCAGCAGCAGCAAGAGAAACCUCCAAUCCGGCAGGGGGUUAUCCGUUCCCUGUCCUAUGAGGAACCCAAAGGACACUCACCUCCCAUCGAGAAGCAGCUAUGUCCAGCCAUUCAGAAACUCCUGGUCCGGAGUGCAGACCUCCACCCACUGUCAGAGCUGCCUGAAAACCAGCCCUACAAAAACAGCAGUGAGGCUCCUGCAGGGGAGGAUUUUACUGGACCCGUCCUCCUGGGGUCUCCCCAGAGCUUUGGGGCAUCCCAUCAAGGCCAUGGUGCUCCCAGAACUCAGAACCUGCUGGAGAAGCUCCAGAGCACCCCAGGGGCAGUGAACAAGUAUGACCCUAGUGCACCAUCACCUGCCGGUCCCGCAGCCCUGAGUUUCACAGCCCUCCCUGCUGCCACCCCUGCAGCUCCAGGAAAGCCGGUGGCUCAGCCGCCACUGGUACAUUUCAAUGGCUCCCUUCCACCUCAGGCACUAGGACAUCAGGCUCAUGAAAAAGAUCAGUCCGCGUGCCCAAGACAAAUGCUCGCCCUUUCUGGCAAUCAGACUAGUGGUUCUGGAGUGAUCUCCCCUCAAGAGUUACUGCAAAAGCUUCAGCUUGUGCAGCAGGAGCAGCAGCUGCACAUGUCCAACCGGCCGGCCUUGGCGGCGAAGUUUCCUGUGCUAACUCAGAGCUCUGGAGCCGGGAAGCCCUGGGGACCCUGGGUUGACAAGACAUCCAGCUCGGAAAAGCAGACUCCCCUUUUCCAGGUCAUCUCACCUCAGUGCAUCCGUGCUACCGGUGCUCCUUCUCUGCUCAUGUCCCCCAUGGUGUUCACACAACCCACAUGUAGCCCAUCAAAGGAGAGGGACCGUGGGCUCUUGUCCCUGGGAAGCCAGGAACCAGCUGCCGCCUCCACCAGCCUCUUCCUGCCUCUGCAGAGCCCAGCGCACUCUGUACUCAGCCCACUUACCAAGCUGCAGCUUCAGGAAGCACUGCUGUUCCUCAUUCAGAAUGACGACAACUUCUUAAAUAUAAUCUACGAAGCUUAUCUCUUCAACAUGACACAAGCAACCAUGAAAAAGACUAUGUGAAAGCAAACAUCUAAGAACUGAUUCUCAAGGUCCUUUAGCUCAAGGUUUUUUCCUGUUAAGUGUUGUUACCCUAAAUGUUUCUGCCUUUUUAUAAAAAAAAAAAAAAGUAUGUGUAAUAUGAAGUAAAAUCUUUCCAACUUUUUUUCAGUCAAGCUUUAAAAAAAAAUUAAAAAUACAUGCUUCAGUACACCUGGCACCAAGAAUUGAGUGGAUAGAAAGAGUGCUUAGCUCAUGUCACACAGUAAAUGCCAAGCUUAAGUAUUUCUUUUCUUACUAUGGGCCAUUUUUAGAAGAAUUAGCCUCUCCAUAGGGUGGGCUGUUCUGGAAACGUGGUUUCUUUUUUAAUAGUUCUGGCUAUACUGUGAACAGAGAGAAUGUGUGAUGUUCCCAUUGCUGAGCUCCGCGCUGCAGUGUGUGCCCACCACUAGGUGGCAGUGUCCCCCCGCGGACUGACCCGCACAGCUCUUACCCAGCCUUUGGAAGCAAUGCUGGUUUGCUUGUACCAAACAAAAUAAACCGUUCUUCUGUAAAAGUCCAAUUGGCAUGUUUUCCCUGGGCCUUUGAAGGGAAAUUAUUCCUAAAGAUAUUAUAGCUAUUUUCUAGAGGACUGUUGUUCUCUAGGAGUCCACAAACAGCCCAGGUUUCUAGUAACAUCUCAUUUAUCCCAGCUCAUGCUAUUUCUUUUGGACCCAACCAGCAGGGUAUGCCUAC